GGCCCAAACCCUCGCUUUCAUCACCACCACCUUUCCAAUUUGUUCUCUAUCUCAGGGAAGGUUCUCUUCCCAGGAAUACAAUUCCCAGUUGAAUUCAGCACACCUGUUGGCGGAUCAUAGGCCAACACGUAACGAAUCGGCUGAUUGAUAGAGACGAUUGUAUUCCAUAAGACUUGGGAGAGAGUUUGGAAUUUUUUUGAUUUGUGUGUUUGCAAUUUGUAGGUAGAGAAUUAGUGAGAAGCUCGAUCGGAGACUUGAAAAUGCCGCCGGCCGACGGCGUAAUGUCACAGGGAGAUCGGAUUCAAUUGAAGCCGCCGAUGGUGGCGAUACAGCAGCCGCAGCAGCAGCAGCUUCCGAUGAUGUCUGCGGCGGCGGCGGCGUCCGAGGCGUUUGCUAAGGACGCCAUUAUUGCGUGGUUCCGCGGCGAGUUUGCGGCGGCGAACGCGAUAAUCGAUGCGCUUUGCGGUCACCUGACGCAACUGGAAGGCGGAGCGACGAAGACGUAUGGAUCGGCUUUUGCGGCGAUUCACCGCCGCAGAUAUAACUGGAUCCCGAUCCUUCAGAUGCAGAAAUUCUACUCUAUUGCUGAUGUCACACUGGAGCUCGAGAAGGUCGUUGGGAGGAAGAGAGCGGAGAAUGAGGAGGACGCAAGGAAGGUCGAUGCAGCAAUGAUCAUUGAAAAGGAGGAGCAGAACGAGAACGCGAACAAUAACGAAAACGAAAACGAGAAGGACCUGGAAAAUCCGAUCGAGAAUUGUGAAAGUGACGGCGGUAAGGCGAUGGAAGAAGAUUUCGGAUCGGAAAUUACAGACUCAGGAUCUCAAGAGGUGCACUCAUACCCCGACCACAUCACCAUAUGUUCCAACCACGACGAGUGCGAGACACGUCGUCCCCAGUUCAAGAUGACAAAAGGAUUUGUAGCAAAAGAGCCCGUAAAAGGGCACACUGUGAACGUUGUUAGGGGUCUUAAAUUAUACGAAGACAUAUUUACCGACGUAGAGCUCUCCAAAUUAUAUGACUUUGUGAACGAACUCCGAGUCGCCGGUCAGAACGGUGAACUCUCAGGCGAGACUUUUAUCAUAUACAAUCAACAGAAGAAAGGCAGCAAGAGAGAGCUAAUACAGCUUGGCGUUCCCAUAUUCGGGCAGAUUAAAGAAGAUGGAGAUAAAUACCAGAAGAGUCGCAUCGAGCCAAUUCCGCCUCUUCUCCAGAACAUCGUCGAUCAUUUGAUCCAGUGGCGUUUACUUCCGCAGGAACGGAAGCCAAACGGCUGUAUCAUAAACUUCUUCGACGAGGGGGAGUAUUCUCAUCCUUUCUUAAAACCACCCCACCUGGAGCAGCCUAUUUCAACCCUACUCUUGUCCGAAUCCACCAUGGCUUUCGGACAUACGCUCACGAGUGACGGCGAAGGGAAUUACCGAGCGCCUCUCACACUAUGUCCGAAAGAAGGGUCUCUCUUAGUCAUGAGAGGAAACAGCGCAGACACGGCAAGACACGUAAUGUGUUCAUCCCCGAACAAGCGAGCAAGCGUCACCUUUUUCAAGCUCAGGGGGGAAAUCGAAACCAGUCCGAACCAUCCGUCAUCGAAAGCGAUGACGCUAUGGCAAGGUACUACUCCCCAAGCAGCAUGUACAAUUCCAAACAAAUUCGGGCCAAUGACUAUGAUCCCGAAAUGGGGCAUCCUCCGAGCGCCUAUGGUAAUGUUAGCCCCCGUGCGCCCGGUCGCUCUAUACCCUAAAAGGAUCGACCGUGGUGGCACGGGGGUUUUCUUACCAUGGGGGGUCGGAUCUCGCAAGCAUGCGAGGCACCUACCGCCCCGCGCCCAGAGGAGACGGCUACUAGCUCUGCCGUCCCCGGGCAGACAAGACGCGACUUCCGAAUCGGGAGCCAACAGUUCGUCGUAAAAACAACUGUUGUUGUAAGUUUUAUGUUUCAGUGUGCUUUUUGCCUAUCGCUUCUUUAGCGUACAUUGUUUGCUACAUCCUAGGCUUGUCAUGACGGCUUUUUGCGGGUUUCUAGUCCUAUAGAAGAUAUGAUUGAGCACGUGUAUCGAUGUUUUUAUCCGUAAGGGAUAUUUUCGGUGAGGUUAAGGAUGAAGGUUUUCGUUUCUUAUCUUA